UGUUGCGUUUUCUUUAUUCGGUGACACCCGCUGAUAAAACAGAUUUAAGGCAACUGAGUGAUACAGAUCUUGCUACUCUUUUUAUAGCUGCCCUCAGAGUUGAACUAUUUGGUAGCUAGAUACAUGAUCAACCUUGAUUAUUCACACAAAAUUAAUGGAAGUCCUAAUCAAUCAAAUUUAUACCUUUUUUUUAACUAACAUAGGUACAUACCUGCAGAUUUUGCUUCCGACUUACUCGAGAGAUCCCCAAAAUUAGCUACGGCUCGAGAUAAGAAUGGAACGAAUGCUUUAAUUGUGUUGGCGGGAGAACCUUCUGCAUUUAUAAGUGGAUAUAAUUUCGGAUUUUGGAGGAGCUGGAAAGUUUAUGACUACUUUGUUCUGAUGUCGCCACGUUGGAAAACUCUAUUGUCACUGAUAGUUCCAGUAAAACAAAUGGAAGACAAGUUGAUGGAAUUUGCACAAGUCUCCAACAUAGCUGAAAUCUGUUGUUGCCAUCUUUACAAAUUCAGUUACAGUCAACUGAAAGAGGCAGGGGCGUGCGAUGCGAUACACUUGGCAAGUAUUAAUGGGAUUGGCGAGUUAUUUAAGAUGCUCAUGAGGCCACCUAACAUGAUACAUUUCAUAGAUGAUGAAUUUGGGCGUGGUUUAUUGCAAAAUGCUAUUAUACAUCGACAAGAACGGAUAUUUGAUAUUCUAUGUCAAAGGGGACUAAAUAACCAGGUCACGGGUCAUGUGGAUGAAAAUGAUAACAAUGUCUUGCAUUGUGCUGGAUUUUGGGAACCAUCACCACAGCUGGAUAAAGUCUAUGGCGCGACUCUACAAAUGCAGAGAGAGAUACAAUGGUAUCAGGAGGUGGAGAAAAUGGAUCCGCAGAAAUACAAGCAGAUGAAAAACAAAGAUGGUUUAAAACCCAAAGCUUUGUUCACAAAAGAACACGAAGACUUAUUGAAACAAGGAUCAGCAUGGGUGAAAGACACAUCGCAAGCUUGUAUGCUCGUUGCAACUCUCAUUGCAACUGUUAUGUUUUGAAGAAAUCAAAGUUUGGAGACAGUGUUUAUGGUUUUUCAACAGUAAAUAUUUUGUUUAUUCUCAUUGAUAACAACAAAAUAGGUUACAACAAAUAGAGAUAUUCUA